AUGGAGGAGAAGAGCGAACAGAGCGAGCCGAUCAGCGAGGAGGGCGGCGCCGAUCUCCCUCGAAGCAGAACCGCCGCGCCGGUCGCGGGCUCCGUGAAGGUGAAGGCUCCGGAGGUGGAGGUUCACCUGUUCCGGCAGGGGAGGGGACCGGUGGCCGUCUUUAGGUCGAAGCUCGGAGGGUGGGAUCAGGACCGCCUGGAAGUGCAGGACAUCCUCGACCAGUACGGCUUCAAAUCCCUCUUCGCCUUCAACCCUUCGACCGGCAGAGGUGUCUCAAUCCGGUUCAGCCCAAGGAACGGCAGAUCGCUCCUCCCGUACGCCGACGGCGCGGUGAUCUUCGUCGACGGCGAGCCCAAGGUUCCUGGAUCUGCCGAUCCUUCAGAGUUUUUUCCAAUCAGAUAUUGAUUGAUUCCUGAUCGGCUCCGGCGCAGGAUUCGCUGGUGAAGCCGGUCACCAAGAUCCUGUUCGGCGUCGCGGUGACGACUCUCCUUGUGGCGUUUCUGGUGAAGGAGAAUCCUUCAUGGCUGAGGUCGUCGACUUCCUCCGGCUGGAGCUUCCCGCCUUGGAUCCUUGCCUGCGUGGUCGUGGUCUUUACCAGAGUCCGGAAGAGGACCAAGGACUUCCUCAAAUGGCGCGGCUGGUCCGCGUAG